GCGGCGGCCGAGCCAGAGCCUGCGCACUGUGGCCGCAGCGGUAGCUGCUGCUCCCGGCUCAUCUGCUCGGAAGAUGGCGGAGCGUCCCAGCGUUGGCGGUAGCACAUCCCUGAGGGGGCUGAGGGAACGCAUGGUUGCUGCUGCUCAUGCAAUUGCUAAAGAAAGACGGAAUCAGAGUGGCUCUAGCUCACUUACAUCCCAAUCCUCAAAUACAAGAUCAGCAUUUAAACCAGUAAUAAUAGAUGGAUCUGUGCUUAAAAAUGACAUAAAACAAAAAUUAGCAAAGGAGCGCAGGGAAGAAAUGAGACGACAACAAGAUGCUAAUAAGGAAAUACAGCUACUUGAGAAAGAAAGAAAGGCCAAGAUCCAGUAUGAAAAACAGAUGGAAGAAAAACAACGAAAGCUCCGAGAACAAAAAGAAAAAGAUGAACAGCGAAGAAUAUCCGCAGAAGAAAAAAGAAAACAAAAAUUACGGGAAGAAAGGGAAAAAUUCAAGGCUGUUCUCUGUCGUACUUCGGAGCGGAGUAACACUGUUGAUCAACGCCAAAAAAGAUGGUCCUGGGAAGGCUCCGUGGCAGUGACCUCUGAAAAUAAAGCUGUUAAGAAACGAUCUGUAUCUACUGAAAAACUUGAAAAGGAGACUUCUGGUUUACACAAACAAACGACUGUGUCAUCUACAGGUCUUCAAAAUUCUAUUGCCAAAAAAAAAAAAGAAAAGAAGAUAAACCCACCUUUGAAUAGAAGAAAUAGCAAACAACAUUCACCUACGGAAACAAAACCAGUGGAAAGCGAAUCAGUUCAGCACCUGUAUACUGAUCUUUGGGAGAAUGAUUUGAUCAUGCGCCUGAUCACCCCAACAAAAGCAUCAAUAGCCAAGAGCAAAAGUGCUGCUUCAUUAUCUGUCCCUGGAAAAGUACCUACUCCAGGCAUCCAGAACCCUGUAAUACAGUAUAUAAACGUGCCCUUGCUUAGCCAUAACACUGAUGAGUUAAAGAAUACCACAGUGCCUCGCAAGUCAACAGUGGAAAUGCCUCCCCAGGAAAAAGUAGAAACACCCCUCAAGGAGAGCCUGGAAGCGCCCCCCGGGCCGAGCGUGGAAGCGCCCCCCGGGCCGAGCGUGGAAGCGCCCCCCGGGCCGAGCUUGGAAGCGGCCCCCGGGCCGAGCGUGGAAGCGGCCCCCGGGCCGAGCGUGGAAGCGCCCCCCGGGCCGAGCGUGGAAGUGGCCCCCGGGCUGAGUGAGGAAACGCUUCCUGAGAGUGUGGAAACAUCACCUGAGGGUAGCGACAACGUGUCCCUCGCGAGCGUGGAUCCAACUCCUGAGGUGAGCACAGACUCGUCUCUCGACUCGAGUGUGGACCCAUCCCCUGAGGUGAGCACGGACUCAUCCUCUGAGGUGAGCAUGGAAGUGUCAUCAUCUGAGGCAAGUGUGGAUGUGUUCCAUGAUCCUGGCAUGGAAGCGUUUUAUGAGGUGAGCAUGGAAACAAUCCCUGAGGAGAGCACAGAAUUGUCCCGUAAGUCAUCUGAGUCAUCCACCAACAUGAGCGUGGAAACAUCUUCUGAGGUGAAAGUGAGAGACAGUCCACAGAGUUCAGAAAUGGACAUAAAGGCCUCAAGCCCUGUUACCAAGAACCAGCCGUCAUUACACAUACCAUGUAAUAAAUGGCCAUCUUCUGCAAGUGGAUGUCGUCCACCCUCUCCCAUCAAUGCUAACAGGCAAAUCCAAAAAAAUCGGUCCCCAUCGCUUUCACCGGUCAUGCCAAAACAAUCAACACAAUCUUCUGUUUCAAGUAAAAUAAUUCCUGUUCAGUGUACUAUGUUUACACAGAAUACAUUAGAUAUUAUCGGAAAUAAAAAAGAGGCAGUUUCUAAAACCACCGAAAGCUCUGAGGCUGUGAACCAAAAGCUUGUGACCUAUGAUGAGUCUGGUAAUAAAAGCACACCAGGGACUAUGAAUGCCAAGGAGGCAACAAAAAUUUUGGCAGAAAAACGACGCCAAGCUCGUGAACAAAGAGAGAAGGAAGAAAGACUACAAAAAGAAAUGGAGCAAAGGAAAGAGGAAGACAUGGCAAAGAAAACAGCUGAAGACCAAGAAGAACAGUUCUCAAAAUUAGACUAUGGGCAACAACUAAAGGAAAUAGAAAAGAAGACAGAAUGUCAGGAUAAAGAAGACCAGAAAAUGUUACAACAGAGAGGGGACGCCAAAAUAAAAGCUCAGGAGGAGGCUGAGAAACGCAAGAAGGAGCGCGAAAGAAUUAUGUUACAGAAUUUACAAGAGAGGAUGGAAAGAAAAAAGAGAAUUGAGGAAAUUAUGAAGCGGACGAGAAAGACCAAUUUGAAUGCCUCCAAGGCUGUGGAAACACCCAGCAAGGACAUGUAUGAGGAGGACGAGGCAGACGAUGAGGACGAGUCAGAAAGUGACGACGAGGAUUAUUUCGAUGACUUACCUCCAUCAGCCUUUGUAAAUGGCAUGGAUUCGUCUACAAACCUCAAGACAAAUUUUAGGAAUGCGAAGAACACUUCCAAGCUGGUGUUUUUAGACCCCAGUUCUGGUCAAGUCCAUAAGGAGACAAAAACGUCUUUUAAAAAAAGUAACAUGAAAAACUACAGACAAAACGUGAAGGACCUUUUGGCUAAGCCCAAGGGUACCAGACUAUCUACCAAAAGAAUGACCAAUCGAACAGCAAAAACCAGAAAGACAAUCGAAGCCAGCAACACCAUGGGACCUCCCAAGAGUUUAUGUGCAAGGGCACAGGGAUGGACCUAUGACAAGAUCCUAGAUAUUGAAAGUGAGAGCGAGCCACUUAUGUCCAGUGUCCUUCCUGGUAGCCACAAACACCAUCUGAAAGGUUCCACGACCUUAGACAAAAGUACCCAGACAUCUUUAGAUAGCCACAGGACAGACAAAUCUGAUUCUUCUCAAUCGGGUAAGGCUUAAUCCCAUGUUCACUUUGCUUGAAAGGCAGUUGACCUGGAACCCUCCUGGGCUUCCUGCUGUUCCAGGGUUAUCUUGGUUCCAUGUAACUUUGGAGGUGAGGGAGAGGAGGACUUGGUCUGAAAGCUAGGUUAAUGUCAAAGAGUCUUCCAUCAAAGUAGUUUUGAGAGAGUAAAUGACAUGGUUCUAAGUUUUAUGUCCUGCAUUUCCUGCCAUAUAAUACCAAGUAGGUUCUUUUCACACCCCAAAUUCCUCUGAGCUCCUGACCCACUGGCUGCUUUACAGCACACCGAUUAUCAUUUGGGACAGAGGGUUAGUGAGGUCUGUGGAAUUCGCCUCUCAACCUCUUUGCAAAACCAAAAGGCUUUUUUUUUCACUUGCAAAGCUCCCUUUGAAAUUGAGAGGCAGCAUGGGCUCAUUUGGGAGUUUCAAGAUGUGGGGAACAUGACGGUGAGCACCAGUGUGUCAGCAGCUCCAGGGGCUGCCAAGGGCCUGGGCCCACCCGGUUAACUGAGACCAGCAUCUUCUCUACUAACCUUGCUUUUUUUUUCUCUCUGGUCAGAUGUGUAAACCUCGAGCAGCCUGGAAGAGAAUUUAUCCUUCACUCUGGGUUUCAACUUCCAGGCCCAUCCCCAAAUUUCUUCACCUCUGACUUG